AUGGUACCGGGGGAGGCAGCCCCCGAGGUCACAGUUGAGGCCCCAGCUAGGGGUAGAGGUCGGGUUAGAGGCCGAGGACGUGGUCGAGGCCGUGCCAGAGGAGCGGCACCUGCCCGAGGCCGAUGUAGAGAGCCUUCACCUGAGCCACAGAUUGGAGUAGCUGCAGAGCAGGCUCCUGCGGGCCAUGCACCCCCAAUUCAUGAUGACAGACUCGACAGGAUAUUUGGGGUAUUGGAGCGUCUUGCUCAGGGUGCAGCAGGUAUACCAGCGGGGUUACAAGCUGAGGUAGGGGCACAAGCCCCUGGUUAUCAGUAUCAGAUUCCAGUGGUUCCAGAGCUGGUGGUUCAGCCACCACAGGUUCCAGCACCGGUUGUAGGUAUACCGGCGACCCUUGAGGUGGCCUUGGCAGAUGAUGACCAGGUCUGCUAUGAGCGGUUUCAAAAAAUGAAACCACCUCAGUUUCAUGGUGCUAAGACUGAUGAUGCUCACGAGUUUUUGACCUUGAGUCGAGAGAUGUUGGCGGCGAUACGCAUGUUAGAUGAGAGGGGCAUCCGAUUUAUGUCCCUUCAGUUACGCGGUGUCGCUAGGGAGUGGCUGAGGACCUUCAUGAGUUCGAGACUAGCGGGAUCUCCUCCCAUGGAGUGGAGUGAGUUUGCUAGUGCCUUCGAGGGUCGUUUCAUCCCUUGGAGUGUACAGGAGGAGAGCCGUGAGCCUGAGCGGUUUCGCAGAUUUGUCAGGGGUUUGACUCCCACUAUCCGUAGUUAUGUGUUUAGAUCAUCUCGAGAGGGUGCUUCCUUCCAGACUAUAGUGAGUGUAGCCAGAGAGGCUGAGUUGCUUGAGCGGGAUGAUUUUGGUGGGCCCAAGAGGGUCCGUAUAGGUGGUCAGUAUUCGGGUACCUCGUCAGGAGGUAGGGGCCCACACAGGGGAGGCGGGUCUUUCCUGCGUCAGAGGCCAGUACGUGUUUCAUUACCAGCUAUCGAAGGUGGGCCAGCAGCUCAGGGUCCUCCAGGAUCGGGUCGAGGUGGUUAUAGCAUUACUUCGGGUUCUUCACAGUCAGGAUCCACACCGAGGUCUUGUUAUGGUUGCGGUGAUCCGGGCCACUUGAUUCGUCAGAGUCCACAUCAGACUCAGUCUGGACCACACCGUACUGUCUCCGUGGUCCCAGAGAGAGAUUCAGCACCUCAGGCUAGAGGUCGGGGUCGGGGACCGGCAUCUGGUAGAGGCGGACGAGCUUCGGGUAGAGGUGCUAGUGGCGCCUCAGGUUCACAGAGUGGGGGCAGAGGUGCCCAAUGUUAUGCUUUUCCUGGGAGGCCCGAGGCUGAGGCUUCUGAUGCAGUUAUCACAGGUAUCAUCUCAGUUUGUCAUCGGCCUGCUUCCGUAUUAUUUGAUCCUGGUUCUACAUUCUCAUAUGUGUCUACAUAUUUUGCUUCCGGCCUUGAGUUGACUUGUGAUUGUAUGUCUGUGCCUAUUAGAGUCUCUACACCCGUAGGUGAACCCUUAGUGGUGAAUAGAGUGUAUCGAUCUUGUCUUGUUGUCUUAUCGGGGUAUGAGACUUGGGUGGAUAUGAUUCUUCUUGAUAUGUUAUACUUUGAUGUCAUAUUGGGUAUGGACUGGCUUUCCCCCUAUCAUGCGCUUCUUGAUUGUUAUGCUAAGACUGUCACCUUAGCUAUUCCAGGUAUUCCUAGAGUGGAGUGGAGAGGGACUAGUGGUUCGUAUCCCAACAGGGUCAUAUCUCAUAUUCGGGCUCAGAAGAUGAUUGACCGGGGUUGUUUAUCUUAUUUGGCCUUUAUUCGGGAUGUUGGAGCUGAGUCACCGGCCAUGGAGUCUAUUCCGGUGGUUCAGGAGUUCCCUGAUGUGUUUCCCGAGGAUCUACCUGGUGUUCCUCCUGUUCGUGAUAUUGACUUCUCUAUUGACUUGGAGCCGGGCACCAAGCCCAUAUCUAUUCCACCUUAUCGUAUGGCUCCAGCUGAGUUGAAGGAGUUGAAGGAUCAGAUUCAGGACUUAUUGAGUAAAGGAUUCAUACGCCCUAGUGUGUCGCCUUGGGGUGCACCGGUAUUAUUUGUGAAGAAGAAAGAUGGGGGGCAGCCUUGUUCUCUAAGAUCGACUUGA